ACAGCGGCAGAUGACAGCAGCUUGUUGCGCUCGCAGAAAUUGCUAGAUAGCUUGAGAGUUAAAUACAUCACCCGUAAACAUCUUUCUGGACUUAAGCUUUGCCUGCUAUCAUCGACUGAAAAUGUCGAAGAAACAGAUUUACUAUUCUGACAAGUACAACGACGAGGAGUUUGAGUACAGGCAUGUCGUGCUUCCAAAGCAGUUGUCUAAACUGGUGCCAUCCUCCCACUUGAUGACAGAAGAUGAAUGGAGGGGACUGGGGGUGCAGCAGAGCCAGGGCUGGAUUCACUACAUGAUCCACAAACCAGAGCCACACAUACUGCUUUUCAGAAGACCUCUCCCAAAGGAUUAAAUGGGAACCAUCUGUAAAAAGCCUACUAUCAUCUUUCCUGACAUGUAUUGUCUUUGGACCAUACAUCUCUCCUGCAUACAUCUCUACAUAUGUUCUCAUGUAGGAAACCCUUAGUUGUAUUAUGUUUGUCCUUUAAACUCCCUCAAUUUUUAGAGGUAAUGAGAGGCAAAUGGCUUGAUUGUGAAUGAUAUCCCUUGUAAACAAUAUUGUACAUUUUAAUACAUUUUUUUUUUUAAAUGUCUUUUGAUGCCAUUUUGUUAUGAUUGAUUGAUUUACUGUGGUCAUACAGGCAUAGGGUUUUAUUUUUCUCAAGCACCCAAUUUUCCUAAAAGCUUUGUGUUUGAACAUUUCCUGUUCUUUAAACGUAUGUUUUGUGUUGUGUACAUAAUAUUAUUUCUAGAUAUUAUAAGUGUUGACAGCGAGUCACUGUCAAUUCAACAAUUUUUUUGUUGCUGAAAGAACAAAAUAAAAUGUACUACU